AUGGCAUCGGACAAAGCCCGCGUCCUCCUCGUCGGAUGUGGAGGCAUCGGCACGAUCGCCGCUCUCAACCUCGAAUCCGGAGGAUUAGCUCAAGUCACCGCUGUCCUCCGUUCCAACUUUGAUAUCGUGAACCGCAAUGGUUUCACUAUUCAUUCUUGCGAACACGGAGAUAAGGAAGGCUGGCGACCUACAGAGGUUUUGAAUACUGUCCCGGCUUCAGCAAACUCAGGCUUUAAUGGCUCAUUCGAUUACGUCGUUUGCUGCACCAAAAACGUCCCAGACGCCGGUCCAAGUCUCCCAGACACCAUCGCUCCAGCUGUCACUCCAGGCCAGACGGUCAUCGUACUCAUCCAAAACGGUAUCAAUAUCGAGCGUCCCUUCUUCAGACACUUCAAGAAAAACAUCGUAUUAUCUGGCGUAAGCCGCAUCGAUGCACACGAACAUUCUCCAGGCUUCAUCGAACAGAAGCAGGCCGACCUCCUCCACAUCAGCCCUUUCUUCAACGCCUAUCGCGAAUGGCCAGAGCACGAAGAAGCCGCCCAACGCUUCGUCGAAAUUUACAGCGCGGGAGGCAAGACAACGUGCCUCUACAAAGAAGAUGUCGGACUCGACCGGUGGAGCAAGCUCGUCUACAACGCGUCAUUCAACCCCAUCUGUGCUUUGACGAGGGUGAACGUCAGUCAGCUGCAGACGUCGAGCGGGUCGAUGGACUCUCUGGUCAUCCCAGCCAUGAAAGAGGUGAUAAAAGUAGCCGCGGCUAUGGGCCAUGAUAUCCCGUCAGUCGCCAUUACGCAGGCCAUGCAGAUGAAUCCAAUUGAUGAGAAUAUCAAACCCAGUAUGCAAGUCGACUUUGACAAGGGAAACCUGAUUGAGCACGAAAACAUUCUGGGGGAAGUUUGCCGAGUCGCAUAUCAGCGAGGCGUGGCAACGCCCAUCUUGGAGGUGCUCUAUCAGCUCUGUUGUGCUCGUCAAUCCAGUGUCAAGAGGGACCGCGGCUUAGCAUGA